AUGGGGGCGUUGGCUGAUCCAGGAACCGCGGAGUGGACGCUUGAGUAUGAGGCGAGUUUUUCCGAGAUCUGGGCCGCUGAGAGCUACAAGGCGUCGGGGCUGCCGGAGAAGACUCCCGUGCUCGCGCUCAUCCACCCCAAGAAUCCAGAUGUGGUCUACUUCUUCUUGGAGGAUCACCUCUUCGGCGUCGAUAUGCGCACGAAGUCGGUCGUGGAGUGCGAGCCUUACGAGCCAUCCACUCCACGGAAGAAAGGCAGCUUCUCUUCUUGGCUCGUUCUUCCAUUUGAGCUUCCGCCCGCGUUCUCGGCAGGGUUAAGGAAUGAAGCCUCAUCUACGCCACCUACUUCUGCUCCAGCUGCAGGCAACAGAGUUUAACAUGGGGAGCCUUCCACUUGCAUCAUCCAAAGUUCCAAGCCAAGUGAAGUUAGCUGCGUGUGAUCACCUGUUUGUCAUGUAGUGCUCGUCUGUCUG